AUGGACGUAGUUUUUUUAUAUUUAACAUUUUUUUAUUUGUUUACCUGCCAAAGUGCUUCAAUUCAUAAAACGAAUGAGACUCUUGAAAUUUUUAAAAAUGAUGUGUCACAAGUUGGUAGUGCUAUUGAAAAUUUUACUUUUGAUAUUCUUCGGGAAAUGUUGGAUGAUUCCGAAGAUCAAGAAACCACAACGACUGAAAGUGUGAGAAACAAAAGAUCGGUUGAAGAUGAAAUCAGACAACUGUGUCACAAACAGUGUCACAAAGUGCAAGAAACUGAAACAGAACAAAUUGAAGAAUUGGCAACUGAAGUUAAAAAAUUAAAACAGCUAGUAAAAUUAUUGCAAGACCAACAAAAAAUUAUAAAUGUCCUGGACCAGAAAAAUAAUACUGGAAAAGAAGCAAGACAAGAGAAAAUUCAAGAGAAUGUGCCAAAUCACGAACAACUCGCUAUAAUUAAAAUUGAGUUAACGGAAGUCAUCAAGGAUUUGAAUGAGACAAAAGAACUAAUCGACUUGCAGAAACAAAAAGACGAAAUUUUGGAAGAAGAAUUGAUGCGACAAAAGGAUGAAAUUACCAAACUUAAAUCGAUUGUUGAAGAAUUUAUGCACAAAAAUGAGACAAUCGAUGAUUCCCCUCACACCUCAGCUCGGGCAAGUGAAUUGACAAAUAUUCGGAAGAUCCUAAAGUCACUACCUGAUGAUGACGACGAAGAAGAUGACAUCCAUGCAAAACUAAUUCAAUUAGAGAAACAAAUAAAGAAAAAAAGACGGCAAGAAAGUCUCUUCACCGAAUUGAAAUCUCUCGAAAAAUCUCUAAGUGAAGGUAGUGGUGACAACGAUCUGUUAAAACAAAUCAUUAAAGCGAUCAAAAAAACAGAACCCGAACGCAAAAGUGACUCCCUCGAAAUCACCAAUUUAUCCGAUUUGGAAGAAGCCAUAAAUCGUCUCCGUCCCAAAGAAUCCGAAUCGUCCCAAUUUCAAUCCAUGUUGACUAAAUUAAUUAAUAAACCGCAAACGCCAAUUACAAUAACCCCCCAACAAAUGAGCGAGCUUACUAAGAAAUUAGCUCCAAAUAAUCACCCCUACAUUUGCAUGGUUGAUGAGGGGGUUAAAAGUAAUGGCUAUACAGUGCCGGCGAAUUCUCGGAAUUUUCCGUUUUACCCGCCUAUUGACUACAAUCAAAAAGGACAAUUUUUUCCAGGACAAUUUGCGCCACCGAAUUACUACCCUCAGGGAAAUGCUCAUGGAGUUGGUUCUGAGAAACAAUUCGGUUAUCAAGAAAGCAGUGACAAGUACCAAGAAGACUUGAAGCAACAAAUUAAUGGACUUCAGGCAGCGAUUGAUAAUUUGAAUCGACCAGAAUAUGUACAAAGGCCAGAAGAUAAGGUAAUUAUUGAUGAUUUGGAACGACAAAUCGGCGAUUUGAGGAGUCUGGUCACCAAUUUGAAUUAUGAAGGAGCCAGGGCGAAAAGAUCGACCGAAAAUAACGAAGUUGAAGAAAAAGACAGUGAGGAACUUUUAAAGGAGAUGAGUCAUUUUGUCAAUAAAUUAUUUAAAGAGAACAACGUGACGAGUCAAUCGAAACAGUUUGCUGAUAUUCAAGAAAAAAUUAAUUCGAUCAAAAAAGAAUUAGAUGACAGCAACCCAUCCCCCAAAGGCCGUAGUGCCAACGACUAUGCUGCUCCGUCCCUUCCCGAAUUAUUAAAUCCUUCAGCUAAAGAAGUCAAAUCAAGUUUCAAAAACGACUUCUUCACUGACGUCAUUUCCCGAAUUUUGGACAAACUCAUUUCUGCAAUUCCGAUAGUUAUCCAAAAACUGUUCCACUUUAGUCUAGACGAGUUGUCUAAAAAUGACUACUCUGAUUACGAUGUCCAAGUUCUGUAUAAAAAUCUCGGCAUUUUUGCUUAUUUGCCUGUAAUUAUUUUACGACUUGUCAAGGGAAUCAGUGCGUUUAUGAAUAUGUUGCGCAAGAACAGUUUCUUUAAAAAUUUCUUAAUGCCGGCGAUUAUUUUGGCAACAGUGGCCGGUGCCGUCAUUUUCUUAAUUUGGUGGUUACAACCUGACAGUUCAAAUAAUCCAUAUGGAUACAUCAGUGGUGAUAAUAACGACGCGAAUUAUCAAUACGCCGGAAAUUAUCAAUAUUCGGGGAAUAAUCAAUAUCCGGUCAGUACUAAUAGUCCAGUGUAUAGUAGGAGCUACUUUAAUAAAUAAUUUGUCUAU